UGGUGGAGGGUACAAAGAGGCCUCUUUCAGGGCUGCUGUCACAUCUGAGGUGGGAGAGUGGAGCCUGUGUGAGAACACACACAUCAUCAACAGGCUCCCUCCCUCUGGAUGUAAUGCAGUGAUCUGAGCGCCGCUCGGUGCAUCGUGCCUCCAUCCAUCCAUCCCGCAGCCUGCACGCCCUGCAGACCUUCUGCGGCCUCCCGGGCGGGGCUCCAUCACUCGGUAUAAGAGGGCAGAAUGGUCCGAUGGGUGGAGGGAGACUCUCUCUUGGACCUGCUGCGACCUUCUGCUCCUCCUCUUCCUCCUCCAUCCUCGUGUCGGGACCACCGCCCCUCCUCCAGCACCAUGGACAGCUCCGGGAUGCUCCGCGGGCUGCUGCUGCUCGGCCUGCUGUCCGUCCUGUGUCACGGCCAGGCGUCCCAGGAGGUGUCCGCCGAGGACCUGGGAGAGCAGAGACUAGAGCCAGCAGCGGACAGAGACCUGAUCGAAGCUCUGGAGAGUCUGCUGGGCAGGAUGCACAGUCGAGUUGCCAACACUGAGAAGCGAGGGAUCAUCCCACUGUGUGUGAUGGGUGACCGUUGUGCCAUGAAGUACGGGCCUCGCAUCGGGAAGCUCUGCGACUGCGGCAGAGGAGCCAACUGCAACUCCUACCUGCUCAAGUGCAUCUGAAGCACGGAGGACUGUUUUCCACAUCAGCAGGACCAAACACAUUCCAGCAGGCUGUUCAGCUUCCAUGCACAAACUCACCGUCCA